AUGGAUGACUUUGAAGUCAAGCUGGCGCUAGCUACAGACCCGAGGCAACGUGAUCUUCUCGGGGCAUUGGGCCUCGUGGUGAAUAGCAAAGGAGAGACACUCUAUCAGCAUGUCGCUGGUUACCAGAACCUGGCGCUUGAUGCGGCACCCCUGGAUCCUGACAGUACUCUUUUCAUGGCUUCGGCUGGUAAAUUUCUCACCCAUAUCGCAGCUCUCGUCCUUGUGGAGCGCGAACACAUCGGCAUUGAUGAGUCAGUGUACAGACUUCUACCGGAACUGGAGAAGCUGCGGGUCAUAUCACCAAGUACUGACGAAGCAGCCAAGUUCACCUUACGCCCCGCGCAAACCAUUAUCACCCUCCGUCAUAUGCUCACACACUCCAGUGGCAUCGGUUCAGGGGAAGAUUCGCUGACAGAACUUUGGCGGCAGGCGAUACCAGCUCAGGAAUUCCCAGAAGGAACGCCUCCGAUCGUCAAAUUGUUCUCGACGCCGCUACUGUCCGAUCCAGGGGAGGGUUGGCAUUACGGGCACAGCAUCCACUGGUUACAGCUCUUAAUAGCACGCGCCUGUGGUAUCCCAUUCGUACAAUGCAUGCAGGAGCUCAUCUUUGACCCUUUGGGUCUGAAUCAUACUACCUAUACCUCACGCUUACGCCCAGACGUCAGUGGCAAGCUGUUGCAGUGCGUCGAGCGCAAAGAAGACGGCAGCCUGGGUAUCCCCGAGCCCGAAAAGGCGCUUCAAGGCUUGGUGAUGAGCGUGACCGAUAUGAAGGCCGUUUUGGUUGACCUUAUCGGGCCCAAGUCCAAACUGCUAACGCAGAAGCACGUGAAUCUGUUAUUCGAGCCGGCGUUCGAACACUCUAGUGCGGCACUACAGACUAUCCUCAAGGAUGAGGAUACGUUUGCUAAGACAAUUGGACUCGCGGUAGACAAGAGGCCGGCCAUCAAUUUCACCUGCGCGGGAGGUCUUGUUACUGAGGAGCCAGUGUGGGCGACUUGUUUGCCUGCCAAGACUCUGACGUGGAAUGGGUGGCCGAACUUGAUAUGGACAAUGAACAGGGAAAGAGGCAUCGCGACGUUGUUCGCGACCCAGCUGAUUCCCGUUGAUGACGAGAAGGCACUGCUGCAUAUGACAAGAUUUUUAAAGAGCGCCUGGAUAAAAUUUGGGUAA